AUGUCUGGUGUUUGGACGUUCAAAAACGGCGUCGUUCGCCUCGAAAACCGUGGUGAUUGCCACGUCAGCGCGACGACCGGUCGCCGGAAAGUUCUUGUUCAUGUAGCUAGUGAUGAAGUGAUAACAUGUUAUGAAAAUCUUGAAAGAAAGCUUUGUAAUCUUGGAUGGGAAAGGUAUUAUGAUGAUCCACAACUUCUACAAUAUCAUAAAAGAUCAACAAUUCAUCUUAUUUCUUUACCAUUGGAUUUUACUAGGUUUAAAUCCAUGCACAUGUAUGAUAUUGUCGUUAAAAAUCGCAAUGAAUUUGAAGUUAGAGAUAUGUAA